CAGAGGAUUGAGGCACAAAGGUGGAAGACCCCUCAACACUGGAGCAGCUCUCCAGUACUUGAGGGAUAAUGUCUUCACGGCCUCUGCUGGAAGCAGGCUCCAGGAAGGAGUCCCACAGGUCCUAGUUUUGAUAAGUGGUGGAAGGUCUUUUGACAGUGUUGAUGCACCAGCCUCUGCUCUCAAAGAGCUGGGUGUCUUGACCUUUGCAAUUGGAACCAGGAGUGCUGAUAGCAAAGAACUGCAGAAGAUAUCCCACGACCCCAGCUAUGCACUAACUGUGUCUGAAUUCACUGACCUUCCCAAUGUCCAACAACAACUUCAGUCCUCCGUGGAGGCUGUGGUUAUCGAGGUCUCCCCAGAAUCACCACCUGUUCCUGUCGAUACUGCCAAAAAGGAUAUCGUUUUCCUCCUGGAUGGUUCUGAUGGCACACGGAAUGGCUUCCCUGCCAUGCUUGAUUUUGUUAAGAGAGUGGUGGAGAAAUUGAAUGUAGGACCUAACAAUGACCGUGUCUCUGUGGUCCAAUACAGCAGAGAUGCAGAGAUCCAUUUCUAUCUGAACACAUACACCACAAGACAGGAUAUUUUGGAUACAGUCAGAGGGCUGAGACAUAGAGGAGGCAGACCCCUCAACACCGGGCGGCCCUCCAAUACGUCAGGGACAACGCCUUUACAAACUCCUCCGGGAGCAGGCGCCUGCAAGGUGUUCCACAAAUGUUGAUCCUGCUAAAUGGUGGAAGGUCUUUUGACAAUGUAGAUACCCCAGCCUCUGCUCUCAAACAGCAGGGUGUCUAUGUGAUAGGCAUUGGCACAAGGAACUCUGACACUAGGGAGCUGCAGAAGAUAUCAUAUGACCCUAGUUCUGCUCUAUCAGUGUCUGAUUUCACUGACCUCCCCAGUGCCCAGGAACAGCUCUCCUCUGUAAUGAACACAGUGCUAACCAGGGCCACGCCCAUCACACCAACAAAAGCUGGUAAGAAAGUGACAGAUUUUUAUUUUCCAAGGUCAUGGUAGGAUGCAAAUUGAACAGUAUGACAGUGUAUUUAUUGUAGCUGAGGCAAGCCAGCAGCACUCUGAGAAUACAUUUGUUCCAGAUUAUACAGAGUACAUUGUUAAAUUCCAGGUUAGCUUUGGUCAUCUGACUUUCACAUGGAAAACAUUUGACACAUGAACCUGAACAUGUCUGACAUUUUUUAUUCCCUAGUGGAGAGACAGCCAGCAGGAAAAGAUAUUGUGUUCUUGUUGGAUGGAUCUGAUGGUACUAGAACUGGCUUCCCAGCUGUGAAAGACUUUGUCCAAAGAGUUGUAGAGACACUCAGUGUGGAUGACAACAAAGACCGUGUCUCAGUGGUUCAGUACAGCAAAGAGCCAGCUGCCCAAUUCUAUCUGAACACGUACACCACAAAAGGCGACAUCCUUGACACUGUCAGAGGAUUGAGGCACAAAGGUGGAAGACCCCUCAACACUGGAGCAGCUCUCCAGUACUUGAGGGAUAAUGUCUUCACGGCCUCUGCUGGAAGCAGGCUCCAGGAAGGAGUCCCACAGGUCCUAGUUUUGAUAAGUGGUGGAAGGUCUUUUGACAGUGUUGAUGCACCAGCCUCUGCUCUCAAAGAGCUGGGUGUCUUGACCUUUGCAAUUGGAACCAGGAGUGCUGAUAGCAAAGAACUGCAGAAGAUAUCCCACGACCCCAGCUAUGCACUAACUGUGUCUGAAUUCACUGACCUUCCCAAUGUCCAACAACAACUUCAGUCCUCCGUGGAGGCUGUGGUUAUCGAGGUCUCCCCAGAAUCACCACCUGUUCCUGUCGAUACUGCCAAAAAGGAUAUCGUUUUCCUCCUGGAUGGUUCUGAUGGCACACGGAAUGGCUUCCCUGCCAUGCUUGAUUUUGUUAAGAGAGUGGUGGAGAAAUUGAAUGUAGGACCUAACAAUGACCGUGUCUCUGUGGUCCAAUACAGCAGAGAUGCAGAGAUCCAUUUCUAUCUGAACACAUACACCACAAGACAGGAUAUUUUGGAUACAGUCAGAGGGCUGAGACAUAGAGGAGGCAGACCCCUCAACACCGGGGCGGCCCUCCAAUACGUCAGGGACAACGCCUUUACAAACUCCUCCGGGAGCAGGCGCCUGCAAGGUGUUCCACAAAUGUUGAUCCUGCUAAAUGGUGGAAGGUCUUUUGACAAUGUAGAUACCCCAGCCUCUGCUCUCAAACAGCAGGGUGUCUAUGUGAUAGGCAUUGGCACAAGGAACUCUGACACUAGGGAGCUGCAGAAGAUAUCAUAUGACCCUAGUUCUGCUCUAUCAGUGUCUGAUUUCACUGACCUCCCCAGUGCCCAGGAACAGCUCUCCUCUGUAAUGAACACAGUGCUAACCAGGGCCACGCCCAUCACACCAACAAAAGCUGGUAAGAAAGUGACAGAUUUUUAUUUUCCAAGGUCAUGGUAGGAUGCAAAUUGAACAGUAUGACAGUGUAUUUAUUGUAGCUGAGGCAAGCCAGCAGCACUCUGAGAAUACAUUUGUUCCAGAUUAUACAGAGUACAUUGUUAAAUUCCAGGUUAGCUUUGGUCAUCUGACUUUCACAUGGAAAACAUUUGACACAUGAACCUGAACAUGUCUGACAUUUUUUAUUCCCUAGUGGAGAGACAGCCAGCAGGAAAAGAUAUUGUGUUCUUGUUGGAUGGAUCUGAUGGUACUAGAACUGGCUUCCCAGCUGUGAAAGACUUUGUCCAAAGAGUUGUAGAGACACUCAGUGUGGAUGACAACAAAGACCGUGUCUCAGUGGUUCAGUACAGCAAAGAGCCAGCUGCCCAAUUCUAUCUGAACACGUACACCACAAAAGGCGACAUCCUUGACACUGUCAGAGGAUUGAGGCACAAAGGUGGAAGACCCCUCAACACUGGAGCAGCUCUCCAGUACUUGAGGGAUAAUGUCUUCACGGCCUCUGCUGGAAGCAGGCUCCAGGAAGGAGUCCCACAGGUCCUAGUUUUGAUAAGUGGUGGAAGGUCUUUUGACAGUGUUGAUGCACCAGCCUCUGCUCUCAAAGAGCUGGGUGUCUUGACCUUUGCAAUUGGAACCAGGAGUGCUGAUAGCAAAGAACUGCAGAAGAUAUCCCACGACCCCAGCUAUGCACUAACUGUGUCUGAAUUCACUGACCUUCCCAAUGUCCAACAACAACUUCAGUCCUCCGUGGAGGCUGUGGUUAUCGAGGUCUCCCCAGAAUCACCACCUGUUCCUGUCGAUACUGCCAAAAAGGAUAUCGUUUUCCUCCUGGAUGGUUCUGAUGGCACACGGAAUGGCUUCCCUGCCAUGCUUGAUUUUGUUAAGAGAGUGGUGGAGAAAUUGAAUGUAGGACCUAACAAUGACCGUGUCUCUGUGGUCCAAUACAGCAGAGAUGCAGAGAUCCAUUUCUAUCUGAACACAUACACCACAAGACAGGAUAUUUUGGAUACAGUCAGAGGGCUGAGACAUAGAGGAGGCAGACCCCUCAACACCGGGGCGGCCCUCCAAUACGUCAGGGACAACGCCUUUACAAACUCCUCCGGGAGCAGGCGCCUGCAAGGUGUUCCACAAAUGUUGAUCCUGCUAAAUGGUGGAAGGUCUUUUGACAAUGUAGAUACCCCAGCCUCUGCUCUCAAACAGCAGGGUGUCUAUGUGAUAGGCAUUGGCACAAGGAACUCUGACACUAGGGAGCUGCAGAAGAUAUCAUAUGACCCUAGUUCUGCUCUAUCAGUGUCUGAUUUCACUGACCUCCCCAGUGCCCAGGAACAGCUCUCCUCUGUAAUGAACACAGUGCUAACCAGGGCCACGCCCAUCACACCAACAAAAGCUGGUAAGAAAGUGACAGAUUUUUAUUUUCCAAGGUCAUGGUAGGAUGCAAAUUGAACAGUAUGACAGUGUAUUUAUUGUAGCUGAGGCAAGCCAGCAGCACUCUGAGAAUACAUUUGUUCCAGAUUAUACAGAGUACAUUGUUAAAUUCCAGGUUAGCUUUGGUCAUCUGACUUUCACAUGGAAAACAUUUGACACAUGAACCUGAACAUGUCUGACAUUUUUUAUUCCCUAGUGGAGAGACAGCCAGCAGGAAAAGAUAUUGUGUUCUUGUUGGAUGGAUCUGAUGGUACUAGAACUGGCUUCCCAGCUGUGAAAGACUUUGUCCAAAGAGUUGUAGAGACACUCAGUGUGGAUGACAACAAAGACCGUGUCUCAGUGGUUCAGUACAGCAAAGAGCCAGCUGCCCAAUUCUAUCUGAACACGUACACCACAAAAGGCGACAUCCUUGACACUGUCAGAGGAUUGAGGCACAAAGGUGGAAGACCCCUCAACACUGGAGCAGCUCUCCAGUACUUGAGGGAUAAUGUCUUCACGGCCUCUGCUGGAAGCAGGCUCCAGGAAGGAGUCCCACAGGUCCUAGUUUUGAUAAGUGGUGGAAGGUCUUUUGACAGUGUUGAUGCACCAGCCUCUGCUCUCAAAGAGCUGGGUGUCUUGACCUUUGCAAUUGGAACCAGGAGUGCUGAUAGCAAAGAACUGCAGAAGAUAUCCCACGACCCCAGCUAUGCACUAACUGUGUCUGAAUUCACUGACCUUCCCAAUGUCCAACAACAACUUCAGUCCUCCGUGGAGGCUGUGGUUAUCGAGGUCUCCCCAGAAUCACCACCUGUUCCUGUCGAUACUGCCAAAAAGGAUAUCGUUUUCCUCCUGGAUGGUUCUGAUGGCACACGGAAUGGCUUCCCUGCCAUGCUUGAUUUUGUUAAGAGAGUGGUGGAGAAAUUGAAUGUAGGACCUAACAAUGACCGUGUCUCUGUGGUCCAAUACAGCAGAGAUGCAGAGAUCCAUUUCUAUCUGAACACAUACACCACAAGACAGGAUAUUUUGGAUACAGUCAGAGGGCUGAGACAUAGAGGAGGCAGACCCCUCAACACCGGGGCGGCCCUCCAAUACGUCAGGGACAACGCCUUUACAAACUCCUCCGGGAGCAGGCGCCUGCAAGGUGUUCCACAAAUGUUGAUCCUGCUAAAUGGUGGAAGGUCUUUUGACAAUGUAGAUACCCCAGCCUCUGCUCUCAAACAGCAGGGUGUCUAUGUGAUAGGCAUUGGCACAAGGAACUCUGACACUAGGGAGCUGCAGAAGAUAUCAUAUGACCCUAGUUCUGCUCUAUCAGUGUCUGAUUUCACUGACCUCCCCAGUGCCCAGGAACAGCUCUCCUCUGUAAUGAACACAGUGCUAACCAGGGCCACGCCCAUCACACCAACAAAAGCUGGUAAGAAAGUGACAGAUUUUUAUUUUCCAAGGUCAUGGUAGGAUGCAAAUUGAACAGUAUGACAGUGUAUUUAUUGUAGCUGAGGCAAGCCAGCAGCACUCUGAGAAUACAUUUGUUCCAGAUUAUACAGAGUACAUUGUUAAAUUCCAGGUUAGCUUUGGUCAUCUGACUUUCACAUGGAAAACAUUUGACACAUGAACCUGAACAUGUCUGACAUUUUUUAUUCCCUAGUGGAGAGACAGCCAGCAGGAAAAGAUAUUGUGUUCUUGUUGGAUGGAUCUGAUGGUACUAGAACUGGCUUCCCAGCUGUGAAAGACUUUGUCCAAAGAGUUGUAGAGACACUCAGUGUGGAUGACAACAAAGACCGUGUCUCAGUGGUUCAGUACAGCAAAGAGCCAGCUGCCCAAUUCUAUCUGAACACGUACACCACAAAAGCGACAUCCUUGACACUGUCAGAGGAUUGAGGCACAAAGGUGGAAGACCCCUCAACACUGGAGCAGCUCUCCAGUACUUGAGGGAUAAUGUCUUCACGGCCUCUGCUGGAAGCAGGCUCCAGGAAGGAGUCCCACAGGUCCUAGUUUUGAUAAGUGGUGGAAGGUCUUUUGACAGUGUUGAUGCACCAGCCUCUGCUCUCAAAGAGCUGGGUGUCUUGACCUUUGCAAUUGGAACCAGGAGUGCUGAUAGCAAAGAACUGCAGAAGAUAUCCCACGACCCCAGCUAUGCACUAACUGUGUCUGAAUUCACUGACCUUCCCAAUGUCCAACAACAACUUCAGUCCUCCGUGGAGGCUGUGGUUAUCGAGGUCUCCCCAGAAUCACCACCUGUUCCUGGUAUGUUAACAAGCAUGGCCCCUUACAGGCCUGA